CGGAAGUUGUCAAUGGUUUGCUUUCAGGAAGCGGCGCAUCAUCGUCAGCCGUUUCACAACAACAACGCGGACAGGGUCGACCUGCCCUCAAGAUAUUUCAUCUCUUUUCCAUUCCGGAGUUCCUAAAAAUGGAUGAAUGAAGUGACCCCCAGGAUACAAUGUCCUCGUUCCAGGUGGUGGAUUCCUCACCUGGCAGCAGCGUCGGUAUUAUGGAAACGUCCAACUUUGCCCACGUCAUCUUCCAGAAUGUUGGCAAAAGUUUCCUGCCUCAGGCGCCCCUGGAGUGUCGCUACACUCUCACCCCUCACAUCACCCCUCACCCAAAAGACUGGGUGGGCAUUUUUAAGGUGGGCUGGAGUACAGCCAGAGAUUACUACACCUUCCUGUGGUCUCCUAUGCCUGAAAACUAUGAACCAGGAAGUAGUGUGCACAGGACGGUGGUGUUUCAAGGUUACUAUGUUCCCAAGUCUGAUGGGGAGUUCUACCAGUUCUGCUACGUCACUCAUGCUGGCGACAUCAGAGGGGCCAGCACUCCCUUCCAGUUCAGGUCAGCCACGCCCACCGACGAGCUGCUGACCGUCACGGAGGACGACAGCAACUCGGACAUACUGGUGGUCACCACCAAGACCGGCCUGCUGGAGCGUGUGGAGGAGGCCCAGCAGGAGCGCAGGGAGCUGCUUGAAGCCAUGGGGGUCCUCCAGGAGGAAAAACAGCAGCUGCAGGACGAGCAGAAGCGACUGGCCCGGGAACGAGAGCAGGAGAGGGAGACAUGCUGCCUGCUGCGCGCGCACAACCAGGAGCUGCUGCGCUCCUCACAGUCCCUGUCCGAGGAGCGGGAGGAGGUUAGGAGGAGGCUGACCGAGGCCGCGGAUCGAGUCCGCCAGCUGGAGGGGGACCUGCUGGGAGUCACUCAGAGAAGCCUGCAGAAGGAGACCGAGCUGGACUGUAUGCGUGACCGUCUGAAGAAGCUGGCAGCAGAACGCGACAGCAUGAAGAUCCAGCUGAAGAAAGAGAAGAAUGAGCAGGACCUCUACAAGGCCCACAUGCGCAGCACAGAGCUGGAGAACACCAAGCUUAGUGCCGAGCUGCAGAUGCUGAAGGCGGUGGAGUUGAACCGAGAGGUGACCAUCGCUCAGUUCCAGGAGGAGAUGGAGAGGCUCAGGUGUUAUGUGGCUCAGCGGGAAAGUUUGGAGAAAGAGCUGCUGACACUCCAAGCUGAUAAGGCUGAGCUGGCGCGUGUGCGUGAGCAGCUCCGUCAGGCCGAGGAGCAGCUCGCCGCGUCCAGGCAGCAGGCGUCCCUGCUGGUCUCGGAGCUCCGCGACUCGGCCAGCUCCCGAGACCACUCCAUGACGGAGCUGUACCACGCCCGCUUAGAAGUCGACAAGCUCCACGCCAGCCUGGCCGACGCUCAGGCCGAGUGUCAACGCAUGGAGAGCCAGUUGGACCGCAUGAGGAGCACUGCGCACAAAGAAGUGGGUGUGGAAAGCAGCGGCGAGGCGAUCGUGUCGGAGGCAGAGGCCGAGCUGCAGAGGGAAGUGGAGGAGCUGAAGCUCCGCCUACACAUGGCCGCCGAGCACUACAAGGAAAAGUACAGAGAGUGCCAGCGGCUCCGCAGGCAGGUGGCCAAACUGAACACGGGCGAGUCGCAGACGGAGCACAAGAGAAAUGCGUCCACGGAGACAGCCUUGGAGUUACUCACCCCAAGUCCAGAAUCCCCCACAGGAGGAAGUAUUGCCGCAGCCGGGACAAUCAGCGCCGAGCCUGAGAGCCGUGAAUGUACGCAAAGCAGCGCAGAGGAGAAGAAGAGCGAGCGAGACGUGAACCAGGAAGAGGAGAGCAAAGAACGCGACGAUACGCGUGAGGACAGCUUAAGGAUGACGAGCUGGGUGGAGGUGGAGGGCGAGCGACAGCCCCAAGAGGAGGAGGAGGAGGAGGAGGCGGAGACGUCAGAGAGGGAGCAGACCCACUCGGUGGAGGAGGAGCUGGCGCUGAUGGAGGAGAAGUGGAAAGAGCAAUGCGCCAUCAAUGAGACUCUCAAACAGCGUCUGGCCAAUGAGGAGGAGCGAUUUCGAGUGCAGAUGGCAGAGCGGACAAGUGAGGUGAUGGAGCUCAAACGUGACCUGGCCCGGGCUUUGAAAGACAAGGAGUGGCUGCAGGAGGAGCUGCAGGUGUGUGUGAGUCGUCAGAAGGAGCGUGACGCCCGCGCUGAAGCAGCUGAGGUGGAGCAGCCGAUGAUUCUGCGGUUCCCGCUGCCGUACCCUCAGGACCCGUCGCCGCCCCCUCUGGUCCCACAGAGACCUGCUGAGCUGCAGUUUGGUAACCCUUACGCUACUGGCACCAUGGAAGGUACUUACGCUACUGGCGCCAUGGAAGGUACUUACGCUACUGGCGCCAUGGAAGACCAGGAAGCACUUUCACUUGAUCAAGCGGCCCGUCCUCCACCCGAGGCGCCGCAUUGCGCCACUCCCUGCGCCCCGCCCAUCACCCCCCCACACCCGGGCUGGGCCAGAGAGGUGGUGUGCAUGCAGCCCACACGCAGCACCACCCCCCCGGAGACUGCGGACCACCCGCCUGCAGACGACCCGCAGGAUAAACCUGAAGCUGCUCAGCCUUCUUGUGACCAUCAAGCCAAGAGACGCGCUGACGCCAGGAGCAGCUUCUGCUUCGACGCCAGCAGUGACGUCCACAAGCGCUGCCCGCUGUGCGAAGUCAUCUUCCCGCCGCACUUUGAGCAGCGCAGCUUCGAGCAGCACGUGGAGUCUCACUGGAAGGUUUGUCCCGUCUGCUCCGAGCAGUUCCCCCUCGACUGCCAGCAGCGUCUCUUCGAAAGACAUGUCCUCACGCACUUUGAUGGACAUGUGCUUAAACUUCGAUCAGAUUGAGUGACCCCCCCCCCCCCCCCUCAAAGUGUGGUCAACUGUGUGGUGCAUUCCGUGUACAAUCAUCGGCACUUUUGCAGGUUCAAAAAGCGUGGCGAGCAACUUUGUCUACGAGUAAAUCUGCUUCCUGUUCUUUUAUCGCUCAUCUUUGCUGCAACCAUCACUCGCGCACGUCAAUAUGGAGGAAGAGCACAAUUGUGUGUAUUCUUAGAGGGGACUCGGUAGCUUCCAAAGCAUAGUGCUGUUAAAAGUAAUAUAUCUGCACUAAAUAAGGCUUUAUUCUGAAUGUAAUGUACAUAUGGAUGAGUGUGUCGUCAUGACAACUGCGUCAUGCUUAAGGAAGCAUCACAUAUGGACAUAUUCAUGCAAAUGAAUGGAGUGUACCAAUCAAUGUGCUUUCUGACCGUGUUGUUUAUUGCACACCAAAUCGCAAAGCCCAAGUGAGUGUGCCUGCGAGAGAAAAUACAAGUGUGACUGUCAACAGAUCUUUAUGAAUAAAGAAACAUAUUCACCUGAUUUUUCAUUUUUAUUUGAUGUUUACAUUGAAGCAGCUUCUCAUUUUUAUAUAGAAAGACAGUAAGCCCCGCCCCCUCCCCAGUUACCCGAUACAAAACACUUAUCUCCACGUUACAUAUGAAAAUAUAAUUUAAAAGCACUUGACAUGGAAAAUAAAAAAAAAGACACAUUUUACGAUACAUUCACUGUACAUGGUAAAUAUUGGACCCUCCUCGUGUAAUACUGCCACUGUGGCAACUGCUUAAGGUUGUUACCAUGGAAACGAUGACUUUUUUUUGUUUUGUUUUGUUUAGAAACGCCUCAUUGUCAGAAUGAAACUUUGCAUUGUUCUGUAAAUAUUACCGUUAUAUUUGGCAAAAUGUGACUGUAGAGUGUGCAAAGAAAGCCAAUCACAUUAACUUUAUAACACAUUAAGUGGAACAA